AUGGCUGACGCUGCAACGCCAGAUCCCGUCUCUGCAGCAAGCGCCGUCCUCGAUGAUCAGACGCCCACACCCAUCGCGCAGCUUGACCCCGGGCUCUCCGAUCGAGAAACACGCGUCAUCGAUGGUGUCGUCACGAUAACUUGGCCCUAUAGCAUUGUCACCCGCUCCGCCGCCUUCAUCCUCGCCGAGCACGACUUCCGUCUUCGACACGCACGCGGUCAGUUGCGCAUCGAGUUUCACGGUAACCUGGGCCAGAAGCUUGCAGAUGCGGGCGUCGGGGGUGGCGAUGGGCUGCGCAUCUCGCUCGAAGGCGCCGAGUGGGAGGAGCACAAGUCGCAAACGCGGGUCCCUGGCACGAUCCUGGAGUGGCAGCUCAAAUUUACCAAAAGGCUGCUUAUGCGCAUCCAAAGAGCAGAUGGCCAGAAAACGGAAAUACUGGAUCUGAAUAUAGCGGACGACGCAAACGAAAACGACGCGCCUCUGGCCACACUCACACCGCAGGAGUCGUCACCGCUCAACCACUCGGGACUGUUUGCUACAGAAGUCGUAUCCACACCGGGCGCCUUGUCCACGAAGCGACGGGCCUCCUACGCUUUCGAACCAGCCGAAUAUGCAUCGCCCGCGUUCCUCAAACGAGCGCGCGUUUCUUACGGAUCACUUUUUGAGGAUGGAUUCGACAUUUUCGACGAGGAUGUGGCUAAAAGGAACAAGAAGAAGGCAAAGCGUACCCGAUUUAGCAUGGGGGCUACAGGGUGGAAAUAUAGCAGCCGAUCACCCAGUCCAGAGCUGCAGUCAUCAAAGACACGCGAACUGGACAGCGAUUCAGAAGAUGGCAUUGAGGUGGUCAAGCCGAUCGAGUCUGCGGCGCAGUCAAUACAAAGUCCAACCAUGGUGGAUGAAACCUCGCAAACGCAAGAGACGUCCUUUGCGUCUAAGAUUGCGGAACAGACCCGCGAAUCUGCCUUCUUAAUCCCCUCGUCGCCUACUCCGAUGACGUUUGGAAAACCAGAGGAGCAAUCUAACGGUGAUGCUACAGCGCCGGCCUUUGAUGCGCCUUCCACUGUCGAGGACGGGGCAGUUUCUCCAUUUCCUCAGCUGAACCGGCCACUGUUUGGCGGAAUUACAAAUAUCUCCGCACCUACUACCACAUCUACGCCUUCACAAAGCGCUAUAUUCGGAUCCUCCUUUGGCAAUUCUGGGUUUUCCGUCGAGCAUACAACAAUGGCGUCUACAAGUAGCAUUCCCGUGUUCAAUGAUGCCCUGGCAGAAUCGAUACAAAGCCGCCAGGCUGCCGAAGAGCGAGUACCCGGUCAGCCGGAGCCGGCUUUCGAUGUGACGGCUGACGAAGCGUACUCCAGAAUCGCUACAGGUUAUGACAUGGCUGAUGGCCACGAAGUCCAUCAAGAGGCACAUUUUACCACGACGGAGUUUUCACUUCCACCUAACAUCCGCAAUCCAUUCGCUGUUGAACCUUUUCCUCAAGCAGCUUUGUCUGCCCCGGAGCAAGCAGAGGAGGACAUAUACGAGGCCAACGCAUAUCCAGAGAUACAAGAUGCAGAGGACCAUCCCGAAAAGCUUAAUACACAUGCAUUUGAUUUCUCACGUACUAUUGGUCAGAUGACUAGUGACGUGAGAAGCCAGGCCGCUCGCGAAGAGGAACAAUUCAAAAGCCGAAUCGAUAGCCAAAGUGAAGACCCUGUCGAAGCCCAAUAUGUAAAAUCAGACGAGGACCGGAACGAGGAGCAGGAAGAGGAGCAGGACGAGGAACAGGACGAGGAACAGGACGAGGUACAGGACGAGGAACAGGAUGACGAACAGGACGAGGGCACAGACUAUGAAAUAGAUGCUGGUGAGACACCCUGGAGGCGACAGCAAGUCGAGCAUGAAGAAAGACAAGAUGAAGACGAAGACGAAGACGAGGAGGAGGAUGAGGAUGAGGAUGAGGAAGAGGAAGACGAAGACGAAGACGAAGACGAAGAGGGCGAGGAAGAGGAAGGGUACGACGAGGAUGCCGAGGGCUACGACGAUGAAGAUCUCGGGCCAAAUGAGCAUUAUGAAGAAGACGAGGAGGAGCGUUAUGAGAAUGAGGAUGAAGAAGAGCAGGAAUAUUCUGAAGACGAAGGAGAUACACCUGCUACUCGAGCCAAGCCGGCUUCUCAAACCCCCGUUUACAUUGACCUCCUCUCAGACUCUGAGGAUGACCAGCCAGCAGCACAGACUCCCGCACCUGCCAUCAAGACCAAGGCGGUCUCGUCAGAGUCUAGCCAACGUGAAGAAACUGAUGACCUCCCCGAAAACGAUAUCCAGGACGGCGAUGAUGUCCGCCAACAAUCACCUCUAGAACCGAAAGCUCUCCAGUCUGACCCUCGACAGGAAGUGAUGGAGAGCAGUCCAGUGGAUGAAGGCGCCAACAAUGCUCCUUCAGAUGAGCAGAAUGACGAGAUCGGCAUUGUAAAUCGGACGCAAAGAGAGGAUCCGGUCGCCGACGAAUGUGAAGUGUCACCAGCAAAACACGUCGAAUCUGUCGAGGUGCAGCAGGAAUAUGUCGAGGAGCAGCAGGAACCUGUCGAUGAGAUGGAUGUUGACGACGACCGCGACGAAGUUGUUUUGAUUCGCAUGGCGGAGCCUGAACGGCAACUGAAUGACCGAAUCUCGCGUGUUCCUUCACGCGCAGCAAGCGAGCAACCAAAAGAUGCUGACGCGAUGGAGGAAGACGUCGAGUCUGACUCUGUUCAGAUCGAAAAGAAUGUCAAUCGCAAGACUAAAGACUCUGAUGAAGAUGGGGACGUGGAAGUCAGGGACGCUCCUGAAGUAGUCAGAGACGAGAGUGAAUCUCAACCCGACGUUAACAUGGACGGCAAGAACCUGGACGAAGUCGAAGACGAGAUGAAAUCCCAACCUGACGUCAAUAUGGGUAUCAAAGAGCCCGAAGAGGUCGAAUACGAACUGCAGUCUCAGCCUGACGUUGACAUGCACGCCAAGGAGCCGGAAGAAGUCAUUACGUCUUCCGAGAACUCCGUCGAAGUCGCGCCGGAAGAGAUGUCCACAAAACAGAGCGAGCGAGUGACAGAAGACCGAUCAAUUGCCGAGGCAUCGGAGAGACCUACCAGGAUCACCGAAGAGGUUGCUGAAGUAAAUGAUGAGCAAUUGUGCGAACCCAAGGCGUCUGCUGGAGGCGAACUGCCAGAGGAAUUCGACGACAAACAGCCCAUAGUCGAGGCCGAAACUACUGCCCACACGGCCAGCACAAGCACAGCACUAUCCACCGAAAACAAACAGCUGCUUACCACAAUCGACACGCAGCUUACUGUCAGUGAGGCUGCGGACGUCGAAACAGUCCAAGCCACGCCGGAUCGGCCGCGGCAGGACGCGGAAGAAGUUGAUGAUGAUGACUUGGCUGCAAGCCAGCAAAUCAUGGGCGAGUUUCUACAGCACAUUUCACCAAAGCAAGACAUCUCACCAAAGAAAAAGCCCCGCCCACCUCCUCUACCCAUACCCACCAAGGAACACCGUCGCAAGCGCAGCGACACAGUCUCCGAAACAGGCAGACGAACGCGCUCGCAAGCCAAGCAGCACGCCGGCGAGGAGAUCGAGGCCGAAGGAGACAAGACGUCACCGCUUAGUCACAGACACAGCAGCCGGUCUAUUGAUAAGAACAAUGACGCUACUGUUGUCACAUCCAUCGAGCCCACAGCUAGCAUCAGCAGCAACAGGAGCAGCGAUAGGACGCCGCUCCUGCAGCGUUCGUUCCGCAUCACGCGCAGCCGCGGCACGGCCGACCGGGCAGACCCUAGUGUGGCCAUUGCUAGAGUCGGCCGCGCCGCCUCCUCUGCGUCUCCCAGGUCUGGCGAACACACGCCCUCGCGGCCUAUUACGCUGCGCGUGACUCGCAGUAUGGAGGAUAUCGCAGAGGCGGGCCUCCGCGAGGGCCUCGUCAUUCCGGAUGCCUCGGUCCGCAGUGUGCGUCUUGACGACGCGUCGUCGGCGGGGACGCGCUCCCCCGCCCGCAGCACACCGCUGACACCGAGCACGCAGAUGCAGCUCCAGCUGCACCAGGAGCACCGGCACAGCGCGCGGCGUCCGAGUGAGUCGCCCACCAUCGUGCGGACCCGCGGAGCCCCUUCUAUUGCCGCGUCGUCGUCGCCGGGCGGCGACGACGACGCGGUGACGACGACGGCAUCGGAGCUCAAGCUGCUGCUGCUGCGGGACCUGCGCACCACGCUCCCCGACAACCUGCCCCUCCGACAACUGCGUACAUCGCUGCACAAGACAAUCGACGUCAUCGCCGUGGCCGCGGCGACGCCCGCGGCGCCGUACCGCCCGCGGAAUGGGCCCCGUGACUACAUGCUAGAGCUGCUCCUCGUCGACCCGUCGUCAGCGCCGUUGAGCGUGCACGUCGCCCACAUCUUUCGCCCCCAUCAGCAGUCCCUGCCCGUCGUACGCCGCGGCGACGUGGUGCUGCUACGCGCAAUGACCGUCGUCGCCGUCAAGAGCCGCGGCUUUGGUCUACGUGUCAGCGACACCUCGGCUUGGGCCGUGUUUGACGAGAAGGCCAGGGCGGCGGUCGGUGACGGCAGCGCGGUGCUGCCGCAAAUUCAAGGCCCGCCAGUCGACGUCAUGGAGGCCGAGGCGCAGUAUGCGAUGGGGCUGAGCCGCUGGUGGGCGCUGCUGGAUGAGCCGACGAUGAGCAAGUUGGAGCGCGCGACGCAGAAGAUGCUGCUGUCGAGUUGA